ACAUACAUACACACAGAUACAUACACAGAAAUACACAUGCACAGACAUGUACAUACACACGUACAUACAUACACAUAUACAUAGACACAUGCACACAUGUACAAUUGUGCAUGCAUACAGACCCCCCCCCCAUAAAAAGGUGCAGUACUUCGUUGUUCACUCACAGAUCCGGGUACUGCACUCCAGUGGGAGGCAGAGAGCACAGCAACACUCCUUCCUUUGCUUUCACUGCGCUCAGCUAUUGAGCAGUCUGACGUCUCCCAGUGCCAAUGACAGAUCUGGCCUGAGCUCCGAGCCUGCUCAGCAAGACGGACCUGGGGGACACACUCGCCCCCACCAUAAUUUCCACUCGCCAUUGGCAAGCAGGUGAGUGGAAAUUUCAAGCCCUGCUUUACUGCA